AUGCUAGGGCACGAAGAGCCGGAUCUGAUCACGUACAAUGCCAUGAUCAGCACAUGUGCAGCGGGUUUGUGGCAACAAGCCCUGGGCUUGUUGGACAGAGCUAAGGAGCAGUUGGUACAAGUUGAUGUCAUCACCUACAAUGCUGUCAUGUCCAGCUGUGACAGCGGUGCUUGGGAACUUGCGCUUGUGGUACUGGCCGAAGUAGGUGAAACUAUCAAAGCUGACGCUAUCAGCUUUGAUAGCGCCAUGAGCGCAUGCGAAAAGGCAGAGGGGUGGCCACAGGCUGUGGGAUUGCUCCUUGAGCUCCAUGGAGCUUCGUUGAAGAAGGAUGCUGUCACAUGUAGUGCGCUCACAAGUGGCUGCGUGAAAGCUGGAAAGUGGAUCUCAGCCUUGCAACUUUUCGGAGAGCUUUGUGUACACAGCGUUCGAUGCGACAGCUUUGUGUACACUGGAGCAAUGAAGGCUCUCGAAAUUGCUGGUCACUGGAAUGGUGCCUUGUCAGCGUUUGAUGAGCUCAGACACAGCCUGCGAGCGGACCUUGUAUCGAGAAAUGAACAAUUCCUUGUUGUUGUGACCAAAGCUGAACCUCCGAAGCGACAGAAGCGGAAGGAUCCGGAGCUCUACGAGCAGCUGUCCAAGCAGCGGCGUCUAGUGAAACGUGCUGAUACAGGCCAAACCAAGAAGGGAGAGGCUGCCUUGACCCAGGUCUCAGAGCGCAUCCAGACGAUGGGUGGGGAAGAUGAUGAAGUAAAGGAACAGAAAGAAAGAGAACUUCUUGGUCUGAAAAAAGACUCAGACACGAACGUGGCACUGACCGCGACCACGGAGUUCUGCAAUGUGGUGCAGACCCCCUUGGAGAAGAUUGAAACACUCAAGCACGAGAGCUUUCGAGGGUCAACCUUGUACAAGCAGCAGGCCACUCAGCGGAAGGGCAUUGCAGCUGGUGAACGAAAGGCACGCAAGGCGGGCCUGGCCGAAGAAGUCUCAGCUGUGAAGGAUGUGGAGGAAGAGCUAGAGCAGUCCCUCAUUGAGGACUCUCUCGACCUGAGCUGUGCCAGUGGCUUGGAAUACUUGCGCGCACGUUCACAGAUAGGUUGCGAUCAGGAUUCCCACCGAAUCCGGAAGCUUGACAACCGUCCAUUGGAGAUGUCUACAGUGGAUGGAGACAUCAAGCUUGAAUACAGAGAUGACUUCGGAAGGGUGCAAACGCCCAAGGAGGCCUUCCGUUCCAUCUCAUGGAAGUUCCACGGCAAGGUGCCUGGCCGAAAGAACAUGGAGCGGCGGCUGCUGCGCUUGGAGAAUGAGAUGAGAUUGAAGAGCAUGAAUGUGAUCGAAGCUCUACCAACACUCAGGCCAUCCAGGGCCGCCGUAGCUGCUGUGUUGUUGCUUCGCUGUCGAAUGCCUGUGUUUUCUGGGAUUGCUUCGGGAUCGUCUCAAGAUGGACCCCCCUCAUAUUCCUAUGCCUGCUAUAUCUAG